GCUUUUAAUAUCGCGCAUUCUCGCAAUUCGUACUGCUUGUCCCACUCUUUUACCCGUAUGAAGGUCAGCUGUUGGAGGCGUGUACCUUGAUGUGGGAAUCAGCCAAACCAACAACCAACAGUAUCACCAGCGACUGCAGCCAUUCACGUUAGUGUUAAUCUGUACCCUCACAAAAUACUUGACAAUUUCCCUUGUGUCAAGUGUACGAUUGAGGACAAAAUAACACUCUCUUUCAACCAAAUUUAAAUCAGCUUCCGAUAGCACGGGAGAUCCGUAAGGGCCCACUGAAUUCUGCGCACUUGUGAAAACGUCCGGUCAGAUCUGCCCUGAACCUUGCUGUCCUACCCUAUGACAUCCUAAAUGCUUUUCGAUCAGAGAAUUUCCAAGUCGGACAGACAAACUGGAAAAGAUGCGGAAGGACGUGAGGAUAUUACUUGUAGGAGAACCCAAAGUAGGCAAGACUUCCCUUAUCAUGUCACUGGUCACGGAGGAAUUCCCAGAUGUGGUGCCCUACCGUGCUGAAGAGAUCACCAUCCCCGCCGAUGUCACUCCAGAACGAGUGCCCACACACAUCGUGGACUACUCAGAGGCCGAACAGACUGAUGAGCAACUCUAUCAAGAAAUAACCAAGGCCAAUGUCAUAUGCAUUGUCUAUGCAGUCAACAACAAGAAUUCCAUUGAAAAGGUGACCAGUCAUUGGAUUCCACUAAUAAAUGAAAGAACAGACAAGGACAGCAGGAUACCCCUGAUCCUGGUGGGCAACAAGUCUGACCUGGUGGAGCACAGCAGCAUGGAGACCAUCCUCCCCAUCAUGAACAAGUACACGGAGAUCGAGACCUGUGUGGAGUGUUCUGCCAAGAACCUGAAGAACAUCUCGGAGCUCUUCUACUAUGCUCAGAAGGCGGUUCUGCACCCUACCGGCCCCCUCUACUGCCCCGACCUGAAGGAGAUGAAGCCGGCGUGUCUAAGAGCCCUCACGCGCAUCUUCAAGGUGUCGGAUUUGGACAAUGAUGGCAUCCUCAAUGAUAACGAGCUCAACUUCUUCCAGAGGACAUGUUUCAACACACCCCUGGCUCCCCAAGCUCUGGAGGAUGUGAAGAAUGUGGUGAGGAAGAACCUAAAUGAUGGAGUGUGUGACAACGGCCUCACGCUGAAAGGCUUCCUGUUCCUUCACACGCUCUUCAUCCAGAGAGGCAGGCAUGAGACCACCUGGACCGUCCUGCGCAGGUUUGGCUACGAUGACGACCUGGAGCUCCACCAGGACUACCUCUUUCCCCCGUUAAAAAUACCUCCUGACUGUACCACCGAGCUCAACCACAACGCUUACCUCUUCCUUCAGAGCAUCUUCGACAAACAUGACAAGGACAGGGACUGUGCCCUGUCCCCAGAGGAGCUGAAAGACCUGUUUGAGGUCUUCCCCUACAUGCCCUGGGGCGCUGAUGUCCACAACACUGUCUGCACCAAUGACCAGGGCUGGAUCACGUACCAGGGCUACCUCUCCCAAUGGACGCUAACGACAUACCUAGAUGUCCAGCGAUGUCUGGAGUACCUGGGUUACCUAGGUUACUCCAUCAUCGCUGAACAGGAGUCCCAGGCAGCUUCUAUGACAGUGACUCGGGACAAGAAGAUUGACCUGCAGAAGAAGCAGACUCAGCGUAACGUGUUCCGCUGUAAUGUCUUCGGUGCCAUUGGCAGUGGCAAGAGUGGCUUCCUGCAGGCUUUCCUGGGGAGAAACCUCAUGCGCCAGAGAACAAUAAGUGAAGAACACAAAUCCUAUUAUGCAAUCAGCACGGCCUAUGUCUACGGUCAAGAGAAGUACUUACUGCUUCACGAGGUCUUCCCAGAUUUUGAUUUUCUCUCGGACGCCGAGAUGUCCUGCGACGUUGUGUGCCUGCUCUACGACUCCAGCAACCCCUUCUCUUUUGAGUACUGUGCGAACGUCUUUAAGCAAUACUUCAUGGACAGCAAGACGCCCUGCAUGCUGGUGGCCUCCAAGACGGACCUGCCGGAGGUGAAGCAGCUGUACGCGCAGACCCCGCUGGAGUUCUGCCGCCGGCACAAGAUGCCGCCGCCGCAGUCCUACACCUGCAACACGGCCGCCGCGCCCAACAGGGACAUCUUCAUCAAGCUCACCACCAUGGCCAUGUACCCCCACGCUCGCCUGCGCUGCAUGUGCACGUGCAACCGGUGCACCUUCUGUCUCUGUCAGAACUUCCUUAACUCCGAGCUGAUGCAGACCGUGAAGGCCAAACUCUACACCGUCAUAUUCAGCAGUCACAUGACCCAGGCUGAUCUGAAGAGCUCCACCUUCUGGUUGAAGGCCAGCGUUGGCGCCACGGUGUUUGUGGUGCUGGGCUUCGCCAUGUACAGAGCCAUGCUCAGGUCGCGGUGAUCCAGCCCCCCCCCCCCCGUCGUCGUCGUCGUCGUCGUCCCCUCCUGCCAUCCCCUCCCUGCAGGCGUAUCCCCAUGUCCAAACACAAACAUUCUCCAAAUGAAGACUUACAUUUUCCACAUAGUAAAGCUACAUGUAAUUUUGUACGUCGACGUGUAUAAUGCUCUCUGACCUGUGGUGAUAUCAUAGCUAUUUAUAUUUAUACUGACUAGAUGGAGGAGUCAAUACGCACAGUAUGUGGAGUAUUUCUUCUCAGUUAUCUGUCUCUUGGUUCCUGAUGACUCUUAAAAUAGGUGGCAGGAGACUCUGUGUAUCCUUGUGAAUAAUGUACAUUGUUAGUGUAUGUAUAUGUGUAUAUAUAUAUAUCUCUUUCCCCAUGAAACGAUGUAAAAAAAGGGAGUUGGAUAUUAAUAAGGUUGGAUUAUAAGCUUUCAUACAUUACACAAGCUGUAAUGCACAAGUCGACUCAUCAAACUUUAUAUUCAGUUGUUGUUUGAGUUCCGUUUUUCAAGCAGGUUUCUGAAUGGCACAAGUGAGCCAGAUCUUGUGCAACAGACUGCUGGUAUUCAUUUUACUGAUGAACACUCAUUUGUGGCGAUUAAAUCGUCACCGUUUAAAUCGCAGGUCUUGGAAAAUCCGUUAUUGGAGAGAUAAAGGAAUAAGCGGGAUGACAUAUUUCAAUUUUUAAUGAUGUCACUUCAUUCUUACCAGUCGGUAGUUUUGCACGUGUUACUCUGCAUCAAGAUGUGUUCAUAUGACACAGUGGUCAGUGGGGCCGACCUCACAGGUGGAUGACCAGCGACCUGUGCUGUCUGUACUACCUAGAAAGCCAUUCAUUCCCUGCACCCUGGUAUGCUUAAGGUUCAUCAUGCUUUAAACACAUUAGCUACAGUUCUCAGACUGGAUGUGCAUGCUAUGUUACUUCUUCAGACACUUUCUGUCUAGUAUUUUAGAUCAAUGACAAACUACAUUCCUCUAUAAAAGAGAUCCCCCCCCCCCCCUUUAAAAACAUGAUAUGUUGAGCUUGUUCAAAGGUAGUUUUUGUUUCUUUUUCAUACUUUCCAAAAGUUUACAAUAAAUGGGUGCUGCUAAAGCGA